UUGUGAGGAAAUGGUACAUACGUAUAAUUACGAAAAAAUGGCUUUAUUGUACAAAUUUGCUUUAUUUGUCAAAUAUUAUCAAUUUUAGUGGCAUCCCUGCGUCAUAUGCCAUGUUGCCAACUUUUCAGAAUUUCGAAAUACCUACACACACAGUCUUUUAACGCCAAACCUCACCAACACAACCACGUCAAAUUCUCACACCGAUGUACACAUAUACACAUACACUAACAAAAUUCACCACCACUAUUCCUCACCAAUUCUCACACAUAUAGCGCUCUGCGCACCAUUUUCAAUUUUCCACUGUCAAAUUUACUACGGAACGAAAGAGAAACGACGACGACGAUGAAGACGAUGUAGCAAAACGCAAGAAAUUGAAAUUGUGAAGCGCGUACGAGCGAAAAUUUGUGAAAAAAUUGUGAAAAUACGUGUUUUUACGGAUUAAAAAUGUAUAAUUUUAUGAAUAUUAAAGUGGAAAUUUGUGAGGUAUAAGUGCGUGCAGUUAGUGAGUUAAUUUCUAGCCACGAUUAAAAAGUUUGAUUUUUGUGCGCUGCCGUCGUCGAUGUCACAGUCGCAGCUGCGCUCGAAGCUGCAGCGAGGACGUCGCGCCCGUCAUCAACGUUGAUAUACCUAGUGGGACCCGAGACGAGAAGAAGCCGCCGCUGCUUCUAUUUGUAUUGUGUAGCCGACGUAUAUGCGGCGCGAAUGGACGAAUGUUGUGUGAAUGAGUGCGUGUGCCACAGAAGUGGCAGUGGCAAAACGCGCAGAAAUAAAAAUAAGUGAAUUGAUUAAAUAUACGCAGGCACGUAUUAAUUUUGAAUCGUAUCUCUGGAUCGGUUGUUUAAUAUAUAAUUGAAAUGUGCAGAAAAAUUAUUAAUUUCAAAGCAAACGGUGGGAAAUUAUACUGAAAAUUUUUAGUGGAUGUGGAAGGAGCAAUACUAAAAAAAAAGUAUAAAACAAAGAUAAGUGAAGAGGGUUAGCAGAAGAAUUAACUUUUUUUCUGUUUCUAUUGGAAUAUCAAUAUAAUGUGUGUGAAAGAGACCAAUAGUGGAUCUAGUUUGACAGCAACAAAGCAAUAUAAAUCAUAAAAAAGAAAUGGUGUAAAGAAGAAACGUGAACAAAGUGUAUGAUAAAAAGAAAUUUACAAAAGAGGAGUGCAGUGAAGUGUGUGAGUGGGAGAAGUGGAACAAACGGAAUUGUGAAAGAAAACAUAAAAAUAACUAUUCCAAAUGCAGGAAACGUCAACAAAAUGGAUAAUAAAACAAUACAAUUGGAUUUCAAAUUACUGGUAGGGCAGUCACUAAAUCUGCUCGAUAGUCUCGACGAUGUAUCUCAAUGUGAUGCGCUUCAUUAUCUGCUACGAACGCUGAAAUGUAAAUAUCCCGAAGCUUGUGAACGUGUGACAAGGUCACUUUUCCCCCAUAUCACCGAUGAGUUUGCUAGUUCCACAAAAACGGCGAACAAGAAACAAUUGCAGCUGCAAUUGUUGCUCACUGCCAAAAAGGAAGAGAUUAAAACGGAGGAUGAAGGUUCAACAGAUCUUAAUCAGAACUUUGAGAAAAUCCUUUGCAAGGAGGAGAUCAUGUGUCUCGACGAGGACGAUGAAGACGGUGUGGGUGGUGACAUGGACAUAGAUGGCGAUGCAGAAAAUUCGUCUUCCAAUAAUAGAAGCCUACAUUAUAACAACAGUACACAUGCUCUCAAACAAGAUCCGCUCGAUCUGAUACCCUCGUCUAUUAUCAAUACGAGACACAUGAGAAAAGUGAAUUCUAGUGCACUCUUUGAGCACGCAAUUGUGGGCAAUAGUGUGGGCGCCAUUUCACGUUUAGGUGGUGAUGACAGUUAUAACAGUUGGGAUGACUUAGCGUCAUGUGAACAAGAGAAGAACUUGUUACGUCAUAACACCAAAAACAAUAAGCACAAUAAUUAUCCUAGAUUGCUAAGUGAAAAGCACGUGCUCGGUAUUGAUGAGCGAAAUAAUCCAACUACGAAAGCGAAAGAUGACUAUUUCUUCUAUCCUGAUAAUGAAUGGACCAUACACUAUCAUCACAGUACGGGUGAAUUCAAUGUGCGCGCCUAUAAAAAACUAUUUCGAUUUCGCCUACAAACAGCGCUAAGUGAAGUGCAUAGACCCUUCUUAAAGAAGUUCUAUAAGAAUUUCAUUGUUUCUGGGCAGCUGUUGGGCACGCGACCGCCAUUACAUAUACUUGACAAACUGAGAGAAGAACGUCUGGAAGAAUGGCAUCAGCUACGUCUGCGCAAAUUGGCUGCAGCUGCGGCAGCUGCUGCGUAUUCGCAAAGGCGGCAAAUUUUACCUGCGAUCACAUUUGAUUCGGAGCUGGAGUCCGAAUCUGAGUCGCAAAUGUCGACGUCGGUAGCAGCGCCAGAGAUGUUGAAAUUCGAAGAGGUUACCGAUGAAGAUGCGGGCGCUGGCCGUCUGGUACAUGGCAUGGAAAUGGGUCCGGAUAUCGAAGAUGUUUUAGGUGGUGGUAGCAGCGCAAGCGGUAGUGGCCAUAGCAAUAGUAGUAACGGCGGUGCCACCACAGAUUUGCAGACACUGGUCGCUACGACGCCGGAAAGUGUGUCGACGAUGACGACAACGAUAAACAAUACGAACACUGCUUCAUUGGCGGGCGGUGAGAGCACGAACAGCGGUAGUUUGAGCAAUAACAACAAACCUUUGCUACAUAAUCAACAGCAACAACAAGGAAACAACAGCCUUGUGAUAAAUGGCCUUACAGCAAGCAAUAAUAUAAAUAAUCUUAGCUACAAUAGUCAGCAAUUAGCGAAUAUUGUUGGUGAUCUUCCAAGUGUAGCUCCCAAGGAGCAAAAUCAACAACUACAAUCACUGCAGAGCAUUAGUACACAAAUUGAGCGGCAAAAUCGACUGUUGGAACAAGAACAGCCAAAUUUCUCUAAGCAAUAUUUACAAGAACGAAAUGAACAACAGCUGAAUUCCAUACAUUUUCCGACGCUAAACGAUGUCGCCCGCGAGAGUGUGGUAGACGGUGCCACCCUGGAUAAUGGCAGUAACAGUAGUGCCAAUAUUAACAAAAUCGGAUCCAUGCUAUUGCCAGGACUGAAUAAUUGUAGUAAUAGUAGUGGCAGCGGUAGUGGUAGUGCUAGCGGUCCAGGCGGCGAUUCCACGGCGAUGAAAAAAUUGCCUGAAAGUCUACAAAACAAUGUGCUGAAUGCAAACCAGUCACAUUUUUUGGGACUUCAGCAGCAACAACAGCAGCAGCAGCAGCAAGAGCAACAGAGGCUAAUAAAACAGAAUCAAAAACCAGAUACUCCACAGCUGCUGCAACAGCAGCGUAACGUUAAUGCGAACCUGCAACAACAUCCACAAACACACCCGCUAACAUUGUUGGGUGGCAUGGCCGAAAGUGCGCAGCAUCAACUGCAGCAGCAACAGCAGGAACAACUACAGCUGCAACAACAGCGUAUGCAACAACAAGGCACGAAUGCAACGGCGUACAUUAACAGCAUCGACAACAUACUCGAUAACGGUAGUUUGCCGGCUGUGUUUGAACAGAAGCAUCCACAACAGCAUUUCAAUGCGGAGUUGUUGGCGCGUUCACCAGCACUGCAGCAGCAAGGUGCGCAGCAAACCGCAAUAAACGCACAUGCGCAAAUCCAACAGCAACAACAACAGCAAAUGCAACACACAAUGCCCAUGUUGCAUAUGCAUCAGCAACACGUGGACACGCUGCAACAGCAGCAGCAGCUACAUUUGCAACAGCAGCAACAACAACAGGCUGGUACGUCUUCCGCUUGCACAGCACCUACAUCAGUGGCGUCAUCUUCGCUGUCAAUGUCAAGUGCACUUUCUGCGACGCCUAGCAACAUUUUGUCGGGUAUUUCCGCAUCUGCAUCGACUUCCGGUUCGAUUUCCUCAGCUUCAUUAAACGUAUCCUUAGGUCUGGAUGAUAAUGAUUUGUCGCACGAUGAGGAUGAUGACAUGGAUGAACACGAUUUGGACGACAUGGAACCGAAGCAGCAACUCAUUGAUGGCGGUAGCAGCAGCAGCACUUCGCUGCAAGCACCACCCGGGGCACAGGGCGCUGCUGGCACUGGUACUGGCGCGAAGAAGGCAAAACCCAGUUAUCAAUGCUUGCAGUGUCCCAAAUCGUAUCGUAAACGGAAAUCAUUAUUGGAUCACUAUAAGAUUCAUCCAGGUUUUUGUCACGAUUGUGGCCAACCGAAUGGUACAUCAUUGGAGGAAAUAAUUCAUCACAAUCGAACAGUGCAUGCCAAGGAGUUUCCAUUCGUUUGCGACACGUGUGGCGAAUCCUAUUCGCGUCGUCAACAAUUUCAUGCCCACGUCGAAUCUCACAGCAAGAAAGAAUUCAAAAGUGAGUCUUAUUCGUGCAUAGAAUGCGGGCAAAAGUUUCCACACAAGAAACUGCAUCAACAGCACUUAGACACGACGGGCCACAAGGCUGACGGUGCUAUAUGUGAGGUUUGCGGUGCAGAUUUCCCCUCGAAAAAUGCACUCUAUCAGCAUAUAAUACGUGUCCAUAAAAAAGACAACUUUUUCGAGUGCCACAUUUGUCAGAAUCGUUUCACAUUGAAAGCGAAUUUGGAACGCCAUGUACAGCUGCAUACGGAAGUGAAGCGAACAUAUGUUUGUGAUAUUUGUGGCUCAUCGUAUUUUACAUAUCCAGCACUAAAAGAUCAUUACAGCAAUGCGCAUACCGAUGCAUCGGAAUGUAAGUGCACUUUAUGUGGCAAGCGAUUUGGUUCUGUUAAAUCACUGCAGCGACACUUGCCAUCACAUUCGGAGGAGCGACCACAUUGCUGUUGUUAUUGUGAUCAGACCUUCAAGUGGAAAACUCAUAUGGUACGUCACAAGCAAACCGUUCACGGUAAUCAACCACCGCCGAAGAAAGUCAAACGUUUUGCCAAGGAUGAAGAAAUGAUAUCUACACCAGAUAUGCCGGGCCCUCCACCCGCAAAAAUGGCAAAGAAAUCAACUACGAGUAAACCAAAGCAACAGCAGGCGCAACAACAAAAUCCACAACAACAACAGCUGCAACGAGGUGUGAGUAACGUAUCUACACCACCGCCGCUCUCCACCACACCUGGAACAUCGCAACAGGAUCCAUUCAAUGCAUCGAUGAUUAGCAACAGCAGCUCCCAAUCAUCCACUGCGUCAGCUUCGGCGUCACAGCAUUCGCUGUCAACCAAUGAAUCCCAACAGAAUUCCAUGUAUACUCAGAGCUUUAAUGCCGAGAAGUUGAUUGGACAUCAAACGCAACAGCAACAGCAACUUCAACAGCAGCAGCAGCCCCAGCAACAACAACAGCAACCGCAACAGCAGCAACCACAACAAGCAUUAGCUCAAGCACCAUCACAGCUUUGUAAUCCGGCAGCGGUAGCACCAGUGCAUCAUACGCAACAACAGCAGCUCCAACAGCCGCAAUUACAACAACAACGACCGACACCUCCUCCUGCGCAACAGCAACAUCAUCGUCGAACACCGAACACCCCGGAUGGCACUGUGAAUAGCGGUGGUGGCCCCGCAGUGCUUGGUGUGAGUGGUAAUGCGAAUGUACCAGGGAAUAAUCUUAUGUCACGACUAAAUAACUUCGGUCCUCCUGCUGGUGGUGGUGUAGCUAAUAUAGCUGGUGCGUCAGAAUUCCACUUUGAUCCCAACCAUGGUGCGUCUGCUGGACAAAGCAACGCCAGCGCCUACCAGCAACAUCAGUUAAUCAAUCAAUAUCAACAGCAGCACCAUCAGCAGCAGCAAGCUGCGUCAUCAACGGCAGUGGUCCAACAGCAGCAACAUCUGCGCAGCCAUACACCGCAAAGUCCGCACCAACCACAUGCUCCACAACAGCAACAACAACAGCAGCAUUUUACCUCGCCGCACCAUAUGCCUGCGACACAGCAACAGUUGCAUCAUCAUCAGCAAAUGCUGCAUCAUCACCAACAAAUGCAGCAGCAGCAACAGCAACAACAACAUCGUCACAAUCAACAACGUUCACCAUUGCACCAUGCCACCCCUGCUCAACAGUUGCAACAGCAGCAUCAUCAGCCAUCGCAUUCUCCGCAACGAGGACGUUUGCAGUCGCCACAACCGCAACAAUCGCCGCUACAGCAUCAACAACAACAGCAGCAACAAUUGCAACAACAGCAACAACAAUAUGCGCUGCAGCAACAAUCAAAUGAAGCGCCUUGGGCUAAUAUUGGAUUUGGCGCUAAUGCUUUAAGUGGUGGUGUAAGCGCUCAGCAACCCCAACCGCAGCAGCAGCAACAACCGACACCUCAACAACAACAACAACAGCAGCAGCAGCAAGGUGUCGUUGCUCCCAGUGGCGAGCUGAAAGACAACCCCUCCAAAUUCUAUAUUGUUGACACACCCGAUUUCCUUGGGCUUCCCAUGAAUGUCGGUUCAAAUGGUGGUCCUUCCGGUGCCACAACACCGAACUCACUUACUCAACAACAACAGCAGCAGCAGCAACAGCAACAACAGCAGUCGGCAGUUGGGCCGAGUGGUAGCGUGAGUAACAAGCAGCAGGAAUCAGCGAUUGGAGGUGAACUUAUGAGCUUUCAGAGUAUGUGGCCAUCCGCUGGAUCUGCUGCCUCACAGAUGAUGUUCAGUGGCGGAGCACAUCAGCAGCAGCAGCAGCAGCAACAACAACAACAACAACAAACGCAAAGUAACGCCCAAAGCGGGCAAAGUGGUGCUGUAAAUGUUAGUGGUGGCGGCGUUGGAGGAGGCGAUCCGCACAAUUACAAUAACAUCGGCAGUAUACUAACGAAUCUCAUUGACACUGCGCCAAAUUCAAUGGAGUAUAAUUUUGAUAUAAUGCAGCAGGGUGGCGGACAAAUGGGCGUAUCACAAUCUCAAGCACAGGCACAACAACAACAACAGCACCCACAAAAUCCACUUUCUGGCCACCAACAGCAGCAGCAGCAACAGCAACAACAACAACAGUCGCAACCACAACAUCCACUCUCCGCUCACCACCACCAGGCGCACUCGUUGCAGCAACAACACCAUAACGCUGCAGCUGCUGCUGCUAUUGGAAAUUACGGUGCAGCCGGAUUAAUGCGUCACACUAGCUUAUAUGGCUCGCCAAGUGGAGCUUCGCUGUAUGACACUAGCGCUGCGGCUGCUGCCGCCGCUCACCACCACCAUCAUUUGCCUUCCCAUCACCCGGGCUUAGGGGAAUUAACGGAACAACAACAAAAGAACAGCUUUCAACCAUAUCAUCCACAUGCGGCAUCACAUUCGCUUGGUGGACAUCAUCCACUAGCGCCAACCGCCCACCAUCCACUUGCCCCCCACUUAUUGCCACCACCACCACAUGCCAGUAUUUACGAUCGCAGCGUUGGCGGUGGUUAUCCGACAAUGCUAAUGGGUGGUGGCGGUGUUGGUGGCAGUGGCGAUGAACAGAAAACUGUGCUGCCACCAAUCAGUGAUUAUAUGCAUCACAUACAACAACAACAACAACAACUGCAGUCACAACACCCGCAACAAUCGGACCUAGUCUACUAUCCAGUGAAAAAUGAGUGACACCUAAAAUAGGGCGUGGCGUUGAGUGGGCGAACAACAAUGAGAGGUGAACAACAGUGUUUUAGCGCCAACAGUAGCAUAAGCGCUUAUGCUGCACCAAAUCGGUUGAUGCCAGAUCACCUGAAAGUUAACAUGAACAACAAUAACCACCACUCACCGCACCAACAUCAACUACCAGCUUUCAGACAUUAUCACAAUCAUAAAGUCGGCGAUGCACAUGCGCAUGCACAACUACCCUUACAUCACCAUCUGCAAAACUACGCUUCUGCACAUCAUCAGUCAACACACGCCUGGUGGCAUACAGUGACAGCGCUUGGCGCCACACCGUCCGCAAUGACCGCACAAGCUGCAACAGCCACAGUUGCUGCGGCCGGUGUAUUGGGAGAGGAUGUAAGUGCAGCAGCAGCAUCUGCUAUAUAUGCAUCAACAGCAACUAAGAGAGGCGAACAUUUCUUGUAAGUUAGGAUUAUAAGCAACAACAAACAUUAAUUAUAUAUAUAAAACUAUAUAAAAAUAAUUAAGUAUAUAUAUAUAAUAUGUAUAUACAUACGUACAUAUACAGAACGAUAUAUUAAAGUAGUUAGGAUUACACAGGCUGCGAUUUGAAGCGUCAGUAUGUAAACAUAUAUACAUAUAUACUGAUAUAUAGACCAUGAAACUCUAAAGCAUACACUCCACAUUGAAGAACAACGCUAUUUCGUUAUAUAAUUUGUAUGGAAAGCAAGUCACUUGCGCAUUCAAAAUUUGACAUCAUCGGUUAAGAAAAUUUAGUUUUAUAAAUAGAUAAUCUUGGGUCGGAUCGAAGCUUUUUUUUCCUUUUUUUCAAAAAUUAACAAAAGGUGGUCUCAGAAAUUUUUUUCUAGAUUUUCGGGUCCUUAAAAUUCGAAAUUUAAAAAAAAAAGAAAAUGCCUCGACCCAGCCCAGGAUAAUUAUGUAUUCUAAAAGCUGUAGAAAUUUAAUUAAAAUCUACUGCGGUUUUCAAGUUACAGUUGUCACCAGUUUGUUGUCUGUUUUUGAGAAAAAACGCAUUUAAAGUUUUAUACGAGCGUUUUGGAGUGCCUGAGCGCUCUUUUUUAUUUGUCGAAUAACUCGAAAAGUAUUUAACGGAUCAACUACAAAUUUUCAGAGAAUAUUUUUAAUAUGUUACACUUAAAGAAAAUGCAAACAAAUUUUGAUUUUUUGAAAAUCCGACUGCCGCUAGCCCCUGAAAGCGUUGUGGAACGUAAGCGCCGUGGAAAUAGACUAGUGUAUGCUUGCUGUUGUACAUAUUGCAAAAGUUGAGCCUCAAAUAUUAUAUAUAUGACCGUAAUAUCACAAAUUAUAAUUUAUACAAAUAUGUAAAUACUUUUAAAUACAAUUAGUGUUAAAUUAUACUAUACAUAUGUACAUACGUAUGUACAUAAACACAUGCUCACAGCUACGAUAUAAAAAGGGAAUGGCAACAUUUAAAUAGCAAAUGUUGCGCUAUAUCAUUGAACCGAUCAGCUACAUAAGAGGACUUGCAUAUAAACGUUAUAUGCGAUAAUAGUGAAUGUCUAUAUUGUAUAUACAUACAUACGACGGUAUAAUAAAAAUAACAACACUAGUGUUAUACAUCCUUAGUAUGUAAGUGAAAUUAUUUGACUACGCACACAUAAGAGACAGUUGAAUAUGUUUUACAUACGUAUAUAUAUUUACUUUUACUAGUUAUAUGUAUGUAUGUAUACAUAUGUACAUAUAUAUAAUUUUACUCAUAUAUAUACAUAUAAUAAAAUAUAUUAAUAUGUAUAUAUGGUUUAUAUUAUUGCUUGUACAUACAAAAUUUAUAUAUACUACAUAAAUGCAAACUCAUAAAGCUACGAAAGAGUUCUACAUACACACACACACACCCAUACACACAUUGCGCAUUAUUGUUUAACUUGUUUCGUAGCUUAAUAUCUCGAACAAAACUUAGCACACAAUUAUUUUUAUAUACCCUUUUUUGUUUUUAUUUUUCUGAAUGUGACAUUCAUUUGCUCUAGACUAAACCGUUAUCACCAAAAUAUCUCUUUUGUAUGCGUUAAAGUAUACAAUAUCUAAUUACCAUCUUUACAUAAUACAUAUAUACAGCUGUCCUUGCAACUAUUUAUUAUUCAUUUCAGUACUCUCAAUACCCGAUUUUUACUCUAUAAUAAUUGUAUAUAUUUUAUGCAAUGACAUAUAAAGAGAUUUUCAAUACGAACACAUGGGCACUUACAUAAUUCAGAUUUUGGUUUGUUUAUGUAAAUGAAAAAUGUAUUCUCCAUUUACAUAUAUUUUGGGCGACUUAACCAAAAGAUAAUGCCUUUGAAUAAUAUCAACAUAUAUUUUGUUUUUAAAUAUGAGAUUCUAUUAUUUUAAUUUAAUGUGUUUAUAUUGGAAACAUUUUUAUAAAAAACAAAUUCAUAAAUAUCAAACUCAUAGUUUGUCCACAUACAAAUAUACAAAAAUAGUUUUAGAACUGCACGAUUGAAUGGUUGAGCUGUUAUUCGACAAGCUAAAAGUGCUGUAGUCUUUUAGAAAAUAUAACAAAAACAUGGCUUUUGUAGCCUGAAACAAACUGGUUUAAUCCACAUUAUAUAUUUUUUUUUGAGUUAUCAAAAAAAAAAACACAGUAAUUGUAUCAUUCAAUCGUACACCGCUAAAACAGUUUUUAUACACAGAAAAUUCAAGUUUUAAAAAUUCAUAUCACACAAUCCUUUGGUAUUGAGUACAAAAAUUGCAUCAACCGUUUACUAUAUUUAAUGAUUCUUCGUCUUGUUUUGGUAUUUUUCAAUUUUACAAGAAGAAAUAUUUUCAAAACAUACCAUAACUCUUUUUUAUAUCAGUCAUAAUUUCCUCUUCAUUCGUUAAUAGCAAUUUGGUUCUGAAAUUUCGUCAACAAAAAAUGUUUAAAUUGUAUAAUAGUAUAUUCGUUGUGCUAAAACUCCAUACUUGAUUGCAUAUUUUAAACAUUUAUUGUAUAUUAUGUAUAAAAGUUGUGUUAAAAUUAUAUAACCUCACUUACAGAGAAUGACAAAUUUCAUAAUCAAAUUCUUAAUUAACAAAUUAUUUAUUUCCGCUCACAUAUUAUUUUAUCGCUGUAAAAAAAAAUCUCAAAACGUACACAUAUCCAAACUAACUAAUACAAAAUUAUCCAUUUCAUUCCUUAAACCAUAAAAAAAGUAAAAAAAAAAAUAAUAAAUUCUAUAAUAUAUAUGUGCAAGUGCCUAAUUGUAUUGGGACACACACACAGGCACACUUUUCUUCUCGUUUAAUUAUGCAACUUGCUCCUGAUUAAACAUUUCAUUAUAUGUAUAUACGUUUGUAUAUACUAUAUGUAGGCGCUGUUAAAAUUUCUUAAAGAAACAACGGCAAUACGUUUAUCGUAGUAAAGAAACUAGAAAUCUCCUUUUUCCUAUUUACCUACUCUUCGUACUCUGUUUACAACAUUAUAUUAGCCCAUUAGUCUAGCCUGUACGUAUGUAGUUUAAGCUAAUCCUAAACGAAUUAAACAAAAAGAAAAACAACAAAACCAACUCCAUAAGAAUCUAAUACACUUUAUCGAACUUAGUUGUAGAGGUCUACUACUCAUUAGUUUUCUUUCUUUUUGUUUUAUAUUUUAUACUUAUCACAAGCACUCUCCCGUCAUCCGCUCACCUCUACACCCGUUGCUAUUUUUGUGUGUAUUCGUUUGCAUAUAACUUGCAAGUUAUUGAAAAAGCAUCUACAUUACGCUCGAAACAAAUAAUCAUUGUUCUUGUUAAUAUAUAAAAAAUUUAAACUUAAAAUAGACAUCCACAUAAAUUAUGUAUACAUACAUAUUAUUAUAUUAAAAAAUUGUUUUAUUUUUAUUAUUAUUAAUUUUUUCUUGUAACUUAUAAGCAAUUUUAUAUACAUACAUAAAGAACAAACACAAAAGAGAUGUUUAUAUAUUGAGAAAUCAAUAAAAAUUAAAAAAAAAAACACAACAACAAUACACAUAUUUAAAGUACGUACGUAAAUAGUAAAGCAACAACAAAAAAAAAAUUAGUUUUAUGAUGAAAACAAAAGCAAAUAAAAAAAAAAUUAUGAAAGAAAAUACAAAAAACAAAUAUUUUAAAUAAAAUUGUAGUACUUUUAAGAAGCAACAACAACAACACAAACCUACAAAUUAAUACAUACAAAUUAAGUAAAAUGGUAAAAAAAAUAACAACAUCGUUAGAAAUGGUAAACAAAAUGGUUGAAAAGAAUUGAGACAAUUGAAGAUUUGUAUUGCAUUACAAACAGCAUAUUUGUAUAUUUAAUAAAAAUGAUAGUGAAAUAAAUGCGAACUUCGUUUUAAA